CGAAUCUCAAGCCAACAACUGUUACCUUUACCUGAAGAAGCCCCUUUUCCUUCUCAAAACCCUCUCUUUCUCGUGGUGGUCUUCUUUCUUCUUCUUCAUCCUCAAAUCUACUCUCCACUUUGAUUUUGAACAAAACCCAUCAAUCAAUAUGGACAACAACAACCAGCAGCAGCCACCGCCACCCACUUCGUUCCCUCCUCAACAACCCUACCACCACCUCCUCCAGCAACAGCAACAACAACUUCAGGCCUUUUGGAACAUUCAAAGGCAAGAGAUCGAACAAGUCAACGAUUUCAAGAACCACCAACUCCCUUUGGCAAGGAUUAAGAAGAUUAUGAAGGCAGAUGAAGACGUCCGUAUGAUUUCAGCAGAAGCUCCGAUUUUGUUCUCCAAAGCUUGUGAGCUCUUCAUUCUUGAACUCACAAUCAGAUCUUGGAUCCACGCUGAGGAAAACAAGCGUAGGACACUCCAGAAGAAUGACAUCGCUGCUGCUAUUACUCGCACCGAUAUAUUUGAUUUCCUUGUUGAUAUUGUCCCAAGAGAUGAGAUCAAGGAUGAGGGUGCUGGAAUGGGUGCACUUAUGGGUGCUACAGCUAGUGGAGUUCCGUAUUAUUACCCGCCGAUGGGACAGCCGGCUCCGCCUGGAGUCAUGAUGGGUCGGCCUGCGUUGCCUGGUGUGGAUCCUGGAAUGUAUGUGCAACCCCCUUCGCAAGCUUGGCAGUCUGUUUGGCAGCAGAAUCCCUCAGAUGAAGUUCCCUAUGGGAGUGGUAGCAGCAAUGGGACGGGAAACCUAGAUGGUCAAGGUUAAAACUUGGAUUGUUUGACUUGUUGAUGCUGAAGCAAAUUGGCAGUUGUUAUUGUUGUUUUUCACUUUUAUCUUAAUCUUGUGAAACAAACUAUGAUGGAGAGUGUACUUAUUGUAAGUUAACUUAUUAGACUUGGUUUGUUCAAGUACUAUUAAAUAAUUAGUUUUUAUGUUAA